CCAGCCACAGAGCAUCCCUCUGGCUCGAACUCCCCCUAUUGGUCGCUGUGUGGCAACAUUCCGUGACGUCGCCGGAUGCGGAAAAACGUCACCCGUUGCAAUAUGGGAUAGCUUCCGGAAUCGAUUAGAAACCCUGCUGCUUCAACGCCUGGUGCUGUGGACCGAGCACCGAAAUGAAUUAACAAAAGUAUUAUGUUAUUCUCGGAGCUGGUGUUAUAAGCCUUAUUGUUUAUAACAUUAGAGAGAGAGAAAAACAGUCCCUUCGAAACUGUGGAAUUACAAUGCAGCGGAAGCCAGUCUAAAGAGUUUAGGAUCAUGUGUAAAUUAAAUAGCAGCUGAGGCGAUAGGAAAUCUGCUUGGAGACCGGCUGAUUUGAUCCUGUUGGUUUCUCCUACGCUUUUUUUCUGGUGGAUGAAAAAUCCAAUAGGUCGCUUUGACAGCGUUAGACACUGUGCAGGGUGCAGCGCCAUUGAUGUAAAAGCAGGGAUUUGGGGUGUACUUAGGAGUUUGGCGGAGAAGCUGUAGGUUGGUGCAGUUGAGACUCCGUUCGGGCCGCCGUGGAGUCGAAUCGCAGCUGAGGUUCAGUGUUUCGGGAAAAGGACGGCAGGACAGAAUGGCUUCUUCGUCUGGGAACGACGACGAUCUCACUAUACCCCGGGCAGCUAUUAAUAAAAUGAUUAAAGAAACUCUUCCUAACGUGCGGGUGGCGAACGACGCCAGGGAGCUGGUGGUGAAUUGUUGCACUGAGUUCAUCCACCUCAUUUCGUCGGAAGCUAACGAGAUCUGUAACAAGUCGGAAAAGAAAACGAUCUCUCCUGAGCAUGUAAUACACGCGCUCGAGAGCCUGGGCUUUGCCUCCUACAUCACCGAAGUAAAAGAUGUGUUGCAAGAGUGCAAAACGGUCGCGCUCAAGAGGAGGAAGGCAAGCUCCCGCCUGGAAAACCUCGGCAUUCCUGAGGAGGAGCUCCUUCGGCAGCAGCAGGAGCUGUUCGCCAAGGCCCGGCAGCAGCAGGCAGAGCUGGCCCAGCAGGAGUGGUUACAGAUGCAGCAGGCGGCCCAGCAGGCUCAGCUGGCAGCGGCCUCUGCCAGCGCCGCGAGCCAGGCCGGCUCCUCUCAGGACGAGGACGAGGAGGACGACAUGUGAGCCGAGGGUCCCGGGGGCGCUGGCCUCGCUGCAGCCCCCCGCAGCGCCGACUUCCUCUUCUUCUGCACGUGUCGGGGGGCGGGGGCGUCGGCCGAGCUGCGAUGCCUUCUGCCCGUCGGUGGAGUCCAAUCAGACUGUACUGUCUCCCGUUCAGUUUCUUUUGUUUUGUUUUAAGAUCGCGCCAUCGGGGAAAAGCUGAACUAGCUGUUUUUCUUUUUGUGUUUUUCCCCCCAUUACGUCAUACUAUGAAACCAGACAGUUUGGCUAGUUUUGUUUUGUGCUUUUAAAGUGACCAUCAUCUUACCUGUGGUUCCCCCACUUGCCCAUCUUCCCUUUCGCCACUUUUUGUUUCUUUCUGUACCAGUAUGGAGGUUUUCUUCAACAAGUCGGUGAUCUUGCACACGUGGCCGAGAUGAAAGACCUUUACAUUUCCUGAACAGCAGCAAUGUCAGCAAAGAGGAUGCCUAAAUCAAACAUACACAUAAUCAAAGUGUGGUGGGAAAGUGUUCACAUUCUUCAGGUAUUGCCCCCUUAUUUACCCUUUUGUAUUAAUAUAUUUUCCCUUUACAAAUCUAAACCCCUCUGUUGGAAUAGGUGUAGCAAAACAGGUCUUAUUGAUCGCGAUUUCUUUUGACCCCUUAAAAAACUCAUGUAUGAUUUGCCCUGUUCAUAUGGAAAUAUUCUCCCCUCCCCCCUCCCCCCUGCCCUUAUAAGCCCUUUAGUGAUGCACAGAGCUUCGCGUAAAGACUUUGAAGAAAGUUUUUGCACCGUUUUGUAAAAUGAAAUGUGACUUUUGGUUACUUUUAGGUACUUUUUUAAAGAAGUAGUGAUGAGAUGAUGAAGAUAGGUUGAGGCUUUUUUUUUUUCUCAGAACAGUAUUGCAGUUUAUAACUUACUGCUCACAGGAAGUAAAACCUGGGGACAAAUAGGAAUUACUUUCAUCCUGUAGUACCAAAGAGAGAACUACCCUGGCAGGAAACAACCCCCACGAAGAAGCCUUGGGUGCUAAGGUAAAUUUAAUGUAAGACAUUCUGGAUCUUCUCUGCAUAAAUUUUCCAUGUAUAAGAAUAAACUUUAAGGUCUUCUGCUUGUGUAGUGAGUACAAAAAUGUAAUUUUCACAUUGUAAGCUUGUUUGAUUAGUUUUGAUACCCGAGGAUACGGAUUUUUCAUGAGCAAUGUGUAAAAUCUGCAUUGUGAAUGUGUGGUGAAUCAUAAGUGAUGAUUGGUGACUUCUAAUGGCAAUUACCUGUUUCACGCCUUUUCACAAGCUGUAUUCUCUAAGCAAUAAAAUUGACGUUUUAUAAAAAGUGAA